CCAAAGUUCGUUUGAACUCCCACAAAUUGAGCCAUUUAUUUAAAAGGCCAAUUCACCAAAAAGUACCAAACCUUUACGGGUUGUGUCAAAUUUAGCCAAACCUUUUAAAACCACCCUAUUUGGCCAAACCUUUGGUUUUCCGUUCCAAAUUCGGCCAUCUGCGAACCAAACCGUAAUUGCCUUCCGCGUGGCAGCCCUGUCAGCAAUGAAUCACCAAAACUACACCGUAUUGAUGAUGACAUGGCCCAAUUUUAAUUUACUAACCGAACUCGGUUUAAACCACAAGCAACCUGACCAAAUCAUCCAUACAACUCCCUAAACGAUGCGUUUUGAUUCUCUCCUUCAAAACCCAAGUAUCGACAUUUUAAAUAUCACUGAAGCUUUCAAAUCCCUAAUUUUUACUGCUAAGAAAAAAACCCUAACUUUUCUAUCUCAUACCCAUUGCAGCAGAUCCCUCCGUUCUCUUGACGAAAUGUCUUCGAUUUCUGAAACAUCGCGUGUUAUGGAAAAUGCGACGGAAGAGUUACUCAAUUUGCCUCCUACCAAAGUUCGUGGUAACUGUAAGCACGGAAGACUGUAUCUUUACACAUCGUGGACGCAAAAGAACCCUGGAAGGAGGUUUUGGAGAUGCUCCAAGUAUAAAACAGAUGAUUGUGGUGCGUUCCAAUGGUAUGAUGGAGAGCCUUCGGCAGAAUUGUUCUUGAAGAUUGGCUAUUUACUGGAACAGAUCAAAUUGCUGAAUGGGCAAGUGCGAAACCAGGAGAUUCUGAUUGCAGAGAAAGAUGAACAACUUGCUAGGAUUAGGGAAGCACAACAGAGAGCGGCAAUAACGUUUGAGAAGCUCAUUGAUGAUCGAGAUAGGCUCAUUGAAGAGAAUCGGAAGUUGAAGUCUGAUGAUGAAGAUUCGCAGAGUUGCGGCAGGUUUUGCAAUAUAAUGCUACUAUUCAUUUUUUUUAUGUCCUUUAUGUAUUUGCAGUUUAAUCAGCAAGUAAUGUUGUGUAGGUGAUGACAUUGGAGCUCGAAGAAGGUUGUAGGCUGUUUGUAGGAAGUAUGUAGGUUUAUGUAGGAAGUAUGUAGGAAGUAUGUAGGAAAGUAUUUAACUCUUUUUGGUGCUAGCAACGUAAAAUAUUGUGCUUUAGAAUAUGAUAUGUAAUAUUUUGUGAAUUGACUUUGGGUCAAUCUUGUGCUUUAGAAGAUGAUAUGUAAUAUUUUGUGAAUUGACUUUUGGUCAAUCUUGUGCUACUGUUGUGUAAUAUGUACUAAUGAAGUGAA